UCAAAUGGACUGAGAUCUAACCUUUUCAAACAAAGUAAAGAAGUGGAAUAUUAUUUGAGGACACACGGCAAUGUAUUUCUCUUUUUUUUUCCUUGAAAUUCAUGAAUCUUCAAUUUGACACAAGGAUCAUCAAAAAUGACAAACUACGAGAUACUUAAAAGUGCUGUUCAAUGGAUCUCAUUCGUUUUCUCGAUUUGCUUCAAUUCAAUUUUGAUUUUUCUCAUAAUUACGCAGUCUCCAAAGAAAAUGGGAAACUAUCGAUAUUUGAUGAUCUAUUUUUCCUGUUUCGCAAUGUUUUUCUCAACUAUCGAUGUCAUAGUUGCUCCGUUCAUACAUACGCAUGGAACAAGUGCGACUGUCUUGAUGAGGAGGAGUGAUUCGGAUACAAUUGUAAAUCUACAAUAUGUACUUUUGAUCCUCUUGUGCUCAUGUUUUGGAGUGACUAUAACCUUCUUCGCAAUUCACUUCGUCUUCAGAUACUUUGCCCUGGAAAGAAAAGGCAGAAUCUCAUAUUUUGAUGGUCCCCGUUUAAUCGUUUGGAUUGCUGUUCCAAUGUUUUUUGGCAUUAUAUGGGGAACCACGGUUCUAUUUUUUGCACUUCCCACUGAUGAGACUACUGAACUCAUUAGAGAAAGCGUUAUGAAACAUUACAAUCUGGAAAUGGAAGAUGUGAUCUAUGUAGGAGCGUCUUAUUAUCGGAGAAAAAGCGACGGAACAUUGGAAAUGAUAGUUUCUAGUUUUAUUGCCGCUUCUAUUUUCUUUACGAUGAUGGGAACAUCAUUUUCCGUUGUAUGUUAUUACGGUGUGUUGAGCUACCGAAGAAUCGCAAAUUUGCAGAACGAAGGAGAAUCUGAAUUCACGAAAAAUUUACAAAAACAGUUACUAAAAGCUCUCUUUCUACAGGCGCUCAUUCCAAUUCUUUUGAUGUAUUUACCAGUUGGAACAUAUAUGACUCUACCUGCAUUAAAUUUGGAUUCUGAAGAAUUCAGUAAAUUUGUUACUCUUCUCUAUGCUAUAUACCCAGCAAUUGAUCCAUUACCCUUGUUCUUCGUAAUUGAUAACUAUCGAAUUGCGUUGAAAGGAUACUUUCUUGGGUGUCCAGGAAAUCAAAACAGGGUCUCAGUGGCUGGAUCGGAUAAUUAAGUAACGACUGGAGAAACAUCUGUCUUCAAUAUUUCGUUUGAUCUCUUGAGCGUUUUAUUUCAGUUUCUAUAAUAAAUUGCUUUUAUUGGU